AACACGUUUUUGCCUGUGAACACGCACGUACGUCCGUGGGUAAUUUACUUCAGUGCUCAGCGAACAUCAUAUGUAGAAAUGGCUGACAAUGACAGUCUUGAUCCCGUGGACGGCCUCUACGCAGCCUGGUUCUUCGAUGAGUUGCGGACUAUGCGAUCGGGCGGUCUGCUGGUGGACGUGACCCUGUGUGCCGAGGGAAAAGAGAUCCCCUGUCACCGUUUGGUUCUCGCUGCUUGCAGUGACUACUUCCAGGCCAUGUUUAGCGGAGGCCUCAGCGAGAGCAGGAAGGACAAGAUAGAGAUAGGAGGGGUGAGCGCAGAGGCACUGCAGAUGUUAGUGGACUUCGCCUACACAUCAAGGAUCACACUCAACGAUGACAAUGUCCAGUCCCUGUUCAUAACGGCCAACAUGCUACAGAUUGUGACUGUCGAGAACGCUUGUGAAAAGUUCCUUAUUGAGAACGUGAGUCCGGACACGUGCAUAGGAAUCUGGGCACUAGCAGACAGGAUAAACUGUGAAGAGUUGGCAGACACCGCAAGACACUGCGCUCUCAAAAAUUUCGAAGAGGCCUGCAAGGCUGAGGAGUUUCUUCAACUGCCCUUUGACCUCUUCGAGAGGCUUGUCUCAGACGACUGCCUUCAUGCUAAGAAAGAGGAAAGGGUCUUGGAGGUGGUCAUGCUUUGGGUGAGGCACGAUCUUGAAGAACGGCAAAAACACCUCAAGGAGCUGCUUGAGUGCAUUUCCUUCUCAAGUAUGGACCGAGACUAUCUCAAGAAUGUCCUGAAGAAAGACAAAGUGUUGGCAAAGGUUCCCGGUAUCAAGGAACUCACUAAGGAUAAGUCUCUGCAUAUAAGCCCUCGCAUAAUUACGCAAAACGACAUCCUUGUUCUCGGCGGUGUGAAAAAUCACUCCAUGAAUGGGAAUGUCAGUUUUAACGAGAGCGUCUGCAGACUCGAGCUCGAUUCCCACUGUGUUGAGAGUAAUCCACUGCCACAAGAACUUCAGGGCAACUUUGGCUUUGCAGCCUGUGUUUUUAACGAGGAUAUCAUCGUGACCGGUGGUAGCCAGUCCGCCCGUCAAGCAUGGCGGCACAAGCCGUCCCAGAAGACAUGGAAUCGCCUGGGAUCCUUGAAGAAAGGGAGGUUCUGGCACGGGAUGGCAGUUGUGGAGGGAAGGGUGUACAUCGUUGGUGGUCACAGCCGUGGGGACAAUGUCGAGAACCGCAUGCUGCGUGAUGUGGAGGUGUACAACGAGAGGACCAACCGCUGGAACAAGGCCGCACCACUGCUACAAGCAGUCAGCAACUUCGGCCUGACCGCCUGCCAAGGGAGGCUGUACGUGUUCGGCGGAGUGGUUGAUCCUGUCACCCGCAACGAAACGGAUGCUGUUCAGUGCUACGACCCUUUACAGAAGAAGUGGAUGUUCAAGAUGCGAAUGCCAACCGCGAUGGGGAACAUCAAGGCGUGCACGGUCGACAUUGACAUCUUCUUGGUCGGCGGGGGGUUUAAGUGUGCCAUGCUCUUCCAUGACGGGGGAGAGGAUGACACGUAUUACGAGGACUUGGCAGACACGCUGGUCCCGUGGGACCACUGUAGCGCCACUGUGUGCGGCUUUGAAAUCUACAUCACUGGCGGGCAGACCAAACCGGAACUCUUCACCGUGAGACUGUCUGAACGUGCGGGUAACUUGAAAUUUUUGCGUUUUGGGAACCACGCCACAGUGCAGUGUUACGACACCAUCUUUGACACGAUGGUCAAGGUUCAGGAUAUGCCAUUUGCACUUGAUGGACACUGCACUGUAACAGUACCCAAAGACUAACAGUAGCAAUGCGUGUAAUCAUGUGUCUGAAGCUGUUUGCACAAGGUUCAUUACGAUGCACUGGUUCACGACGCAUGUGCAGUUUUAGGGGUUGUGGGUGAUAUUUCAAAGUUGAGAACCCCUGAGGCAUAAACCUAGACAUGUAAAGUUUGUAUCAUGGUUCUAGCAUGAUCUAAACAAGGACCAUUGAUGUUAUUAUGUAAAUUCAUAUAAGAAGAGGCUUUUGUCAUCUACUCACUAAGUGCUGAAUUUCAU